AUGGCCUCUUUGUCCUUUCACAAAUCCCUCCACCGCCGCACAGAUUCGCGCGCCGUCGCAGCCUCUGCCGCCAAGCCCCCGCUCGCCAUGCCUUUGCCAUCAUACUCGACACCCGCAACUCCGACCACACCUCUCGCCCACGUCGUCGACGUCUUCAGGCCACGAAAGAAUCGGUUCAGAGCGACCGCCAUCGCAUUGCUAUCCCUCGUCGCCCUCUCAUCAUAUAUCGUAUUCUUCGCCGGCCCGUCAUUAUCCACCGCACCCUUGGCGCUCCGUCGUCAACCACCCGUCGACCGACCGAGCGCUUGGCAACAGUUCGCCAUGAACUACGCAGCCAAAUACGCCGGGACUGCUGUUGAUGCUUCAGAAGAGCGGCAACACGUUGUCCUGGAUCCCGCGCAGGAGUUGGCAGCACUGACCGCAUUCAUGGCUGCGUUGCCGCAGAACGUACUGCCGACCAGUGUCGAUCCGGCAGAACCUUUGGAUCCCCAACUCGUACUCGACUUUGACACGCGGUCGCCUGGUGCGAGCGAUGAGGUCGCAGAGGUCGUGCAUGACGCCUGGCACAGGAAUCCCGUGGUCCUCUUCACCAAGUCACGCUCGUCCGUGAGCCGAGAGCUCAAGACGUACAUUGACGCGCUCAACUUGAAACCUGCGCAAACCGUAUUCGAUGUUGACGAGCGAGACGACGCACACGUCCUGAUCCCGAUCCUCUAUCGAUUGACAGGCGCGACUGAGCUGCCAAUUUUACUCGUCGGCGGUCAUUAUGUCGGAGAUAUGGAUGCCGUGCGCUCGCUGCAACAGAGCGAAGAGCUCAAGGCGCUUGUCUCGUCCGCAGGCGCGACAGUCGAUGGCAGGCGCAAGAAGAAGGGCCGCAACCACUAA